AUGCCAGAGAUUGGCCUGGGCGAGUCCAUUCCUCCCGACACGGCACAUGCCGUCAGUGUCUCUUUGCCAACAUGGCAAGCAAAUGUCGGAUACGAAGAGGGCGAGGAUUGGGUUGUGAACCGUAUGACGACGGGCUAUCCUCGAUUCUUUGUGCAUAAGGGUAUCCAGGCUUUCGCCAAAGACAUUGUUGAUCGCUAUGGCAGUCCUGGUCAGCAGGCCAUGCUCUUCCCUACACCGCGGGUGGCAAACCGCUGUCAAGACUUCAUCCUCCAGCGAAUCUCUCCCGAGCUAGCGAAUCAGGUCCGCAUCAUUGACUUUGCUCUGGACAAGUCAAAAGAGCUCUCCCCUGUGCUGAAGAAGCUCACCUCCACGAUCUCGGCUGUGGUUUAUCCCUCUGAGGUAUUUCCAAUCGCCAAGCAGUACUGGCAGCACACCGGCGAGGGUACGUCCAGUAGACGUGCUGAGUUCUGCCACGGCCUGUUCAAAGAUGACCUCCUCAUCCCAGCUGCUCGAUCACGGACUCCUCCUGAAGCCUCGCAGGGCAGACCUUUCCGCGGUCCGAGGCGCUACACUCGCCCGGGCUCAGUCGAUGGUGUCUCCUCUGCGGCCCCUUCAACGCCCAAGCAACCUUCGCCCGAGACUCCUGUUGAGUCUCUCGAGAGCUCACGUUUCCUUGAAGAGCGCUUUGGUAGAAACCUCGACUUGUCCAUGGUUGAGCGUGCCAAGUCUGCUAUCCGUCGACGUAUCGCUGGAGCCAUGGCUCAUGACGUCGAUCUGAACAAUAGCCCUCUACCUGCGAUGACAUCCAACACUCGCGGCAUGCCCAACCUUGAGGAGAACGACGUCUACCUUUACCCUGCUGGCAUGAACGCCAUUUUUAAUGCUCACCGUGCGCUCCUUCACGCAAGAGAGCCAGCACAAAGUAUCAACUUUGGUUUCCCUUACGUAGACACACUCAAGAUUCUGCAGAAGUUUGGUCCUGGGUGUCUCUUUUACGGACACGCCUCUGCAGAAGACCUCGAUGAUCUUGAGUCACGGCUCAAGAACGGCGAGCGGUUUCUCGGUCUCUUCUGCGAGUUCCCUGGGAACCCUCUGCUGACAUGUCCUGACCUCACUCGCAUCCGCAAACUAGCAGAUGAAUACGACUUCGCAGUCGUUGUCGACGAGACAAUUGGCACAUUUGCCAACAUCAACGUCCUCCCUGUUGCAGAUGUAGUUGUCAGCAGCCUCACCAAGAUCUUCUCGGGCGACUCCAAUGUCAUGGGUGGAGGGCUUGUUCUCAACCCUGAGAGCAAGUAUUACCGCACACUCAAGACCACCAUGAACGAGAUCUACGAAGACAACUACUGGCCCGAGGAUGUCAUCUUCAUGGAGAGGAACAGUCGCGACUUUGAGUCUCGAGUGGUCCGCAUCAACGCGAAUUCGGAUGCUAUCUGUGAAGUGCUGCGAACACAUCCCCUUGUCAAGAGCAUUUACUACCCCAAGUACAAUGACUCCAAGCCUCAUUACGAAAAGGUUCGUUUGCCAGAUGGCGGAUACGGAGGUCUACUUUCCGUCGUAUUUCAGCAAAAGGAGCAUGCUCAGGCCUUCUUUGACGCAUUGCCUCUUGCAAAGGGACCAAGUCUAGGCACAAAUUUCACCUUGGCUUCACCAUAUGUUCUACUUGCCCACUAUCAGGAACUGGAAUGGGCUGAGCAGUUUGGUGUUGAUCCCUAUCUUGUUCGCGUAAGCGUUGGUUUAGAGGAGACCACUGAACUUCAGGACACUUUCACAAGCGCCUUGAAGGCGGCUGAGGCUGUGUCGGUUACGAGCUGA